AUGUCCCUCCUCACUGAGGUCCAAAGUGGUCUUGAGGCUCUCCAGAAUGAGCGAGAAUAUGACCCUUGUCAAAACGAAAGAUUCCACCUUUACCCCAAGGAUAGAAUAGAAGCACUCGCAACCACAUCUGGCCUAGUUGGUCUAAUGACUGGGUUCUAUGAUGGUGUACAAAAGGCAGCAGCACGCUACUUACUCGAGAAUGGACAUCGUUUACCAAAGACCAAAGGAGGAUGGUAUUUUUAUCACAAGAGGAAAAACUACGAAAUCAUAGUGGGAGGUACGUCAGCCGGAAUCAAACGUGGCAUAAAGUAUGGUAGUGUAGUGGGCAGCUUGUUUUUGAUUGAAUACAGUUUGGACUACCUACGAGGACAAAUUGAUUUUAUAAAUACGACGGCGGCAGCACUAGUUGGGACAACAGUGUACACGAGGUUUCAACAUUUGAGUCGCUUACAGACAAGGAAAAUGAUUAUGAGAGGAACUACAGCAGGAUUGGUGUUGGGUAUAAUACAAGAUUCGCUAAUAUAUGCACGUCUGGGGCAUAUAUGGUACGUUGAUGAAUAUAAACGUCAAUUCAAGUGA